AUAUGGCCAAUAUAUAAGAAACUUCCAUUUAAACACUCAGCGGGAUGGAAAAUAACUCCUAUUGGCGCCAUUUUGCGAGACACCUCACCGCUUCACCACUGUCUUCGCAUCUUUUGCAAACACCCUGAACUAGACAACAUGGCCGACCCAGAGCCAGAACUUCUCGACUACGAAGAGGAUGAGGAGGCGGUGGACGGGGGUGUGGCAGAGACCCAGGAGGCAGCCCCCCCUAAGAAGGAUGUGAAGGGAACAUAUGUGUCUAUCCAUUCCUCAGGAUUCAGAGAUUUCCUUCUCAAGCCGGAGAUUUUAAGGGCCAUUGUCGAUUGUGGCUUUGAACAUCCGUCAGAAGUGCAACACGAAUGCAUCCCACAAGCAGUGUUGGGGAUGGACAUUCUGGGCCAGGCUAAGUCCGGCAUGGGCAAGACGGCUGUGUUUGUCCUGGCAACACUGCAGCAGAUUGACCCUGUGGAUGGCCAGGUGUCGGUGUUGGUGAUGUGCCACACCCGCGAGUUGGCGUACCAGAUCGCGAAGGAGUAUGAACGUUUUAGCAAGUACAUGCCGACGGUGAAGGUGGGAGUGUUCUUCGGGGGGAUGAACAUACAGAAGGACGAGGACACCCUUAAGAACAACUGCCCUCAUAUCGUGGUGGGGACGCCGGGGAGGGUGCUGGCUCUGGUGCGCAACAAGAAGCUCAGUCUGCGCCACCUGAAGCAUUUCGUGCUGGACGAGUGCGACAAAAUGCUCGAACAACUGGACAUGAGGAGGGAUGUGCAAGAGAUUUUCCGCAACACACCACACGAGAAACAAGUUAUGAUGUUUUCAGCCACACUCAGCAAGGACAUUCGCCCCGUCUGCAAGAAAUUCAUGCAAGAUCCCAUGGAGGUGUAUGUGGAUGACGAGGCAAAGCUGACCCUGCACGGCCUCCAGCAACACUACGUCAAGAUCAAGGAGAAUGAGAAGAACAAGAAGCUGUUUGAACUCCUCGAUGCUUUGGAGUUUAACCAGGUGGUGAUCUUUGUGAAGUCAGUGCAGCGGUGUGUGGCGCUGGCAACACUGCUGGUCGACAUGAACUUCCCAGCCAUCGCCAUUCACCGCGCCAUGCAACAGGAGGAGCGUCUCAGCCGGUACCAGCAGUUCAAGGACUUCCAGAAGCGCAUCUUGGUGGCAACGAACCUGUUUGGCCGAGGAAUGGACAUUGAGAGGGUGAACAUUGUCUUCAACUACGACAUGCCUGAGGACAGUGACACCUACCUGCAUCGCGUGGCCCGGGCUGGACGCUUCGGUACCAAGGGCCUGGCGGUGACCUUCGUGAGCGAGGAGAGCGACGCCAAGACACUGAACGAGGUGCAGGAACGCUUCGACGUCAACAUUACUGAGCUGCCCGACGAGAUCGACCUCUCGUCCUACAUUGAGGGACGCUAGUGGACCAGCGCGUACAUGUGUGAGCGUGUGUGCGUGUGUGUGCGUCUGUAGCCUUGGCCUGUAGUGUGUACGUAUGAAACACCCCAAACAAUAACGUACAUUAUUAUUAUUAUUAUUAUCAUCAAAAACUUAAAUUAUUCUGCUUUGACAAUUUCUUUUACUUUCAAAAUCUUAAAAGGCAUCAUUAUUUUUUUCAUUAUUAUUAUUAUUGUAGUGUUGUGAAGAGCGACCUAGUGUUUCUUGAGUGUUGUGUCCUGCAGAGUGUGCCAGGAAGGGAGGGCUGAGUUCGUGUCUCUCGGCAGUAAUUUAAGUACGUCUGUAUUGCAAAGUUUUGGAAGAAAGAUUUUUUUUUAAGUUUUAUCAAAA